AAAUAAAUCUCAACACCCUUUUAGCAACUCAAUAUUCUUCAUUCAAAAUCUUGAAGGAAAAAAAAAUGGAUUCUUCUUCAUUCUCUCUUCUCUUUCUUGCUAUAUUUCUUGUUUCAUUUUCUCAAAUUGCUCUUUCAAUAUCACCAAAGUUUUUAUUGCCUUCUCAUGAUGAGCCUAUUAUUAGCCCAAAGAAGUUCCCAAUAACUAUGGCUGAAAAACUCAUCAGACAACUUAAUUUGUUUCCUAAACAUGAUAUCAAUAUUGUUUCUUCAAAGGAAAAUAGUGCACUAGAAGCCAAUUAUGAACAAGGAUUAUUUGAAAAGAAAUUGAAUAUAUCUUACCUUGGUGAUUCUGGCUCCACUGUCCAAGACUUGGGUCAUCAUGCUGGUUAUUUUCCUCUUGUACAUACUAAAGCUGCAAGGAUGUUCUAUUUUUUCUUUGAAUCGAGGAGCAACAAGAAUGAUCCAGUGGUGAUAUGGUUAACAGGAGGGCCAGGCUGUAGCAGUGAAUUGGCUUUGUUCUAUGAAAAUGGACCUUUUAAAAUAUCAGCCAACAUGUCUCUUGUCUGGAAUGAUUUUGGUUGGGACAAGGUUUCAAACCUUAUAUAUGUUGAUCAACCAACUGGAACUGGUUUUAGUUACACUUCUGAUGAUAGUGACAUUCGUCACAAUGAAGCUGGUGUAAGCAAUGAUCUUUAUGAUUUCUUACAGGCCUUCUUCAAAGCUCAUCCUGAUUACGCAAACAAUGAUUUCUACAUUACUGGAGAAUCAUAUGCUGGACAUUAUAUUCCUGCAUUUGCUUCUCGUGUUCAUCAAGGAAACAAAAAUAAAGAAGGAAUUCCCAUAAACCUCAAGGGAUUUGCCAUCGGAAAUGGACUCACCAACCCAGAAAUCCAGUACAAGGCUUAUACUGACUAUGCUUUGGAUAUGAAAUUGAUCAAUCAAACCGAUUAUGACGAGAUAAACAAAUUAUAUCCACAAUGUCAACAAGACAUUCAGCUUUGCGGAAAAGGUAGUGAAGAUGCUUGUUCGGCUGGAUUUAGUGAUUGCACAAGCAUUUUCAACAAUAUACUGGCCAUUGCGGGCGAUAUAAACUACUAUGAUAUCCGGAAGACUUGCGAGGGUAACCUCUGCUAUGACUUCUCGAGAAUGGACACUUACCUCAACGAUGCCCAAGUUAAGAAAGCCCUCGGUGUUUCUCCCGACAUUGAUUUUGUCUCGUGUAGUUCAGAAGUUUAUUCGGCGAUGCAGACGGACUGGAUGAAGAAUCUUGAACUCGGUAUUCCUUCACUUCUUGAGGAUGGUAUCAAUCUACUCAUUUACGCCGGAGAGUAUGACCUUAUUUGCAACUGGCUUGGGAACUCAAAUUGGGUGCAUGCAGUAGAAUGGUCUGGGCAGAAAGACUUUGCGGCUGCAUCAUCUGUUUCUUUCACAGUAGACGGUGAGGAGAAAGGACUUCAAAAGAACUACGGGUCUCUGACUUUCCUCAAGGUCAAAGAUGCAGGUCAUAUGGUACCGAUGGACCAACCCAAGGCAGCACUGGAAAUGCUCCAAAGGUGGACACAAGGCAAAUUGUCCUCCUAGGAAGUUUAUCAAGAACCACACUCAAACAGAUUAACAAUUUUUCAGCUUUAUUAUAAUCUCAACAAAACAUAGAAAAUCAUGUAGAUACAUUUAACCUUUUCAGGUGAAUGUUAUUCUUAUAAGAUAUUGGAUUAAGUGUUACGACAUAUAUUAAAGCACACAGUUUACUCU